UAUUUUUUCACUUAUAAAUACAAGUGCAAUUAAAUCUUGUAAGAAAGCGUGGACACAAAUCAAGGAAUAAUGUGGAUACUGAUGGGAUUGUGUAUUGUGGCUGUGUUAGUGAUCUAUGUAUUUCAUUGGAUUAUUAUUCUUACAGACCCAAAAUUCAGAAAUAGAUCUUCUCUUCCGCCUGGUUCAAUGGGUUUUCCAUUCAUUGGAGAGACCCUUCAGUUCAUGAUUCCAAGUUAUUCUUUGGACAUUCACCCUUUCAUCACAAAGAGAAUCCAGAGAUUUGGUUCCAUAUUUCGAACUAGUUUAUUUGGUCAACCAAUUGUGAUAUCAACAGAUUCUGAAUUCAAUAGUUACUUGAUGCAGCAAGAAGGUAAAUUAGUUGAAUUAUGGGCAGGUCCUGCUACUAAGAUUUUUCGACAAUCUGAUGGAUUUAGAAUACCUUUCUCUAACAUCCACAAGUACAUUCGAAGCAUCACUUUAAAUCAUAUUGGUGCUGAAUGCAUAAGAGAAAAGUUGAUUUCUCAAUUUGAAGAAAUGUUUAUAAAGACUUUGCAUCAAUGGUCAACUCAAACAUCAAUUGAUGUUAAACAAUCUAUAACAAAGAUGAACUUUCGCUUCUUUGCAAAGCAUUAUUUUGGAUAUGAUAUUGAAAAUUUAUCUAGCAAUUUUGAAAGGAUAUCAGAAGAAUUAUUCACAGAUUUUACAGAAAGGUUGAAGACAAUUCCAUUAAAUAUUCCAGGAACAAAUUACCACAAAUGUUUGAAGGAAUGGAGAAAAGCAUUUAAAAUUAUCAAAAAUAUUUUGGAGGAAAGGCGCAAUUCGCCAGAAAAAUAUCGAGGAGAUUUUCUUGACCAGGCAAUUAAUGACAUGGAAAAGGACAAAAUUAUGAAUGAUGACCAAAUUGUGUACCUCGUAUUAGGGAUAUGGUUUGCUAAUUCUGCAUCAAUUUCAUCAAUGGCACAAUUAAUCUUCAAGUUUUUAUCAGAGUAUCCUUCAGUCGUGGAAGAACUAAGAGUAGAACAUGAGCAAAUUCUAAGAAGCCGAGACAAAUCAAGAACUUCAUCAUUGACAUGGAAUGAAUACAAAUCCAUGAAAUUUACACAACAUGUAAUGAAUGAGACCCUUAGGUUCUCAAUUUUGCUUCCUGGAAUAUUAAGGAAAACAUUGAAAGAUAUUCACUUUAAAGAAUAUAUAAUUCCUGCUAAUUGGAUCAUCCUGGCUUUUACACCAAAUCUUCAUAUGAACUCAGAAAUAUAUGAGGAUCCACUUACUUUCAAUCCAUGGCGCUGGAAAGAGCUUGACUCCUUCACUGUGUCCAAAAAUUUCAAGCCUUUUGGUGGAGGAUUGACACAAUGUCCAGGAGCUGAGUUAAGUAGAGCUUUCAUAGCCACCUUUCUUCAUGUUUUGGUCACAAAAUAUAGGUGGACAAAAAUCAAGGGAGGAAAAGUUGUUCGGAAUCCUAUUUUGGAAUUUAGUGAUAGAAUUCACAUCAAGAUUUGGGAGAACCGUGAGAAAACUUAAAGCUUUAUUCAAGUUCAAAAAGAAGAGAAGAGACAUCAAUAAUUCAAUAUGCUAAAUUAAAUAAAUAAACUAUGAGCUUUGAAUUGUCAACUCAAUGCUUAAAAAGAUCUCUCCUUCUAUUUGAAAUUGUGGUGUUUUUUUUUUUUCACGGUAUUUCUCAACUCGGUAAGAUAAGGACUAAUUCGCCGAGCUCCAUUUAAGGGUUUGUCACUGGCCAAAGGGUUGCUGCACGUACAAUGCGAUAUUCAAAGUCAUCACUAUCAAUGUUCGUAAAAGUACUAUAUAUAUGAGAGGUUUUAAGUUGUAGUUUAAUUUGCACAAUCAUUGUUGUGGUUGUUGCAAUGCAAAUCUCUUAAAUUGUUUUUAUAACUUCAAAUUAAUUUUGUCUAUUGUGAACCAUUGUAGCCUUGAUAUGGUUAGUUAAGGGCCUGAUACACUUAGAUUGCAA